CUGGAAACGAGUGAAAUAUUCGAUCGGCAAGUUAUUUUGAAUGCCGUAAUUAUGUGUUAACGGCACAGUAGUAUAUCCAAUCAGUCGGUUUGUCGCUGUUUGUUUUUCAUCGGUAAACGACGUCCCACCACGGCCGGUGCCAGAUGUCUGCAUCAGCGGAGACACUGGAGAAUGCCUCCAUCCUGUCAGACAGUGCAGCACAUGAGGGACACCGUCUGUGGAUUGGAAAUAUCGACCCCAAAAUCACAGAGUACCACCUGGUGAAGCUGUUGGAGAAGUUUGGCAAAGUGAAGCAGUUUGAUUUCCUCUUCCACAAGUCGGGGCCCAUGGAGGGCCAGCCUCGGGGUUACUGCUUCGUCAACUUUCACACAAAAGAGGAGGCUGAGCGCGCCAUUCAGUGUCUCAAUGGGAAGCUGGCUCUUUCCAAGAAGCUUGUUGUGCGUUGGGCCCACGCACAGGUAAAGAGGUUUGAGCCCUUCAGAGGAGAUAAAAACAUGCCGGCGAGCCUGGAGCCAUCGUGUAGCGUUCCUGAGGAGGUGUCCACCAACCUGAGCUUGAAUGCAAAGAUCCGAGCCAUCGAGGCCAAGCUUCAGAUGAUGGAUGAGAACCCCGAUGAAGAGUAUGCAGGACCCUCCCCGUACCUCUAUAACAAGCCUCCUGAGAACAAUAAACGGCACCAACCCUACAACAAACCUCACCGCAAAUUCAAGAGAUGACCCAACUCCACAAUGCACACACACAUACACACACAGCUCUUCCCAACCUGCUACUGAUAGGACGACUACCCCUUCACUCUCUCUCUCUCUCACACACACACACACACUCAACACUCACACACUGAAACAGUACCACUGUAUUCCACAAUGCUGAGAUGUUUUCAAUUCAGACUGUAGUCUAAGUAGCCUAGUAGCGGAAAGGUCUUGAGCUCUUUUACAUCCUGUGAUCUUUAUAAGAGGAGGAGGCUGUGCUGUGUAUUUCUGUCCUGCUGUAAAUAUGUGUGUUCUUAACCGAGGUAGCAUACAUGUGUUCUUUUUGUUCAAUUUAAAGAGUUAGGUUGGGGUUUGAAUUAAAUGAUUUUAAAUGCAUAUAUCUCUUGUAGCUCUGUUAUGUUUAUCUAAGGGUGUUUUUGUAAUGUAUGCUCAUUUUUAAGCAAUGUAUUUAUGUUAAGCAUACAUGUAUACACUCAAGUACAUCCUUGUUUUAUCCAGAUGUGGUGCAUAGCCUUCUUUUAAUGUUUGCCUUAAUACGAUUACAUUUGAAUUGUGAAUUAAUGACUCGACAGUAAUUACUUUAAUUAUGUUGCUCAAUAUGGAUAUGGCUAACUUUCAAGUAUUAGCAGUACUGUGCACAAUUUCUCCAGACAACUUAGUCUACUUACAGGGCACAUAGUUGGUUCUAUCCGGAUUUGAAAUCGAAACACCUUUCCUCCGUCAAAACUCACCUGCUGGAUUUAAGGGCUUAAACACAAUCUAGUCCGUUUGAAGAUUGUUGAUGGCGUUGCCACUCUUCGAUAAGGGUCUGCAAUGCUUGUAACCACAAUUUAGUUUUUUGCUUCUGUUUUUUUCCUGGAAAAUUGUCACCUUCACUUUUUAUAGGAACAUCAAUUUUUCGUUAUGUCAAAUGCCAUUAUAGGCUAUAAUAAUGAUAAUAAAAUAAAAUUCAGACGAUC